UUUCCUUGCAUCGCCACAACCUCUGCAAUUCCCAAAAAAAAAAGACAUGUUUGAGCGUGAAGUAGCAGCUCAGAGUCAGAGGUAUCGUGUGGGCUAUGCUCUCGAACCCAAGAAAAUCGAAAGCUUCCUUAAACAGUCCCUCCUCGAUUACGCGAACCAACACGGCAUCGAUCUCGUACAAAUCGAUCCCACCACGCCCUUAGGGGAACAGGGCCCUUUCCACUGCAUCAUCCACAAAUUGCGAACCCAACAAUGGAAGAAACACCUGAACGAAUUCUCAGCGAAACACCCCAACACCGUCAUCAUCGAUCCUCCUGAGUUGGUGGAUCGGCUUCACAAUCGGGCUUCCAUGCUCGAGGCGGUGACCCAGUUGCAAAAUGUCACCGUCGGGGUUCCGAAGCAAGUGGUCGUGAACGAACCGAAAGCCUUCAAUUUCGACGAAAUCGAAGAAUUGGGUUUGAGAUUCCCCCUCAUAGCAAAACCCUUGGUGGCCGACGGCACUUCCGGUUCUCACAAACUCUGUUUGGUUUUCGACCGUGACGGGCUCAACGCGUUGGAGAGUUCCGUAGUGCUGCAAGAGUUUGUGAAUCACGGUGGAGUUGUGUUCAAGAUUUACGUUGCUGGGCAGCACGUGAAUUGCGUAAAGCGCAAGUCUUUGGGUGAUAUAUCAGAGGAGGAGCUGAGAACGUUGAAGGGGUUGGUGCCAUUUUCUCGAGUAUCGCACUUGAGCGUCCAAGAUGAGGAAAUUGAGAAAGCUGAAAUGCCUCCUCAGAGUCUGAUAGGUGAGUUGGGAAGAGCAUUGAGGGAUGCCUUAGGACUUAACCUUUUCAACGUUGAUGUGAUUAGAGAUUGUAAAGAUCGGGGAAGCUACUUCGUUAUUGAUAUCAAUUACUUUCCGGGGUAUGCAAAAAUACCAUCUUAUGAACCCUUUAUCACCAAUUUUUUGUUGGAUGUUGUACUCUCCAAGACUGAGUAGCUGACUAGUUUUUUUUUUUCCUUCUUAUUUUCUAGUAAAUUUUGUUAUGUUUUUUUAAGUUACCUAAUUUGGCCGCUUUCUUUUUGUAUGUUGUUUUCGAAAAUGAUUGAUAUGGCUUGAUAUUGCACCUAAUAUAUUUGAUAGGGUG